AUGUCAUUCCAAGUCCGAUCAAUGCCUCAGGCACCCGUGGGGAAUCCCGCAUCUAUCGGAAAUUUACCCCUCUACCGCAAUGUGCGAUUCCUCCCUUGGACAACUUGCAAUUGGGAAGAGAUAAGAGUUCCAUUCUCUGCGUAUCAGAACUCUCCCGCAUCUCGAUCAAUCAAAUCCUUGGGCAAGGACUAG